AUGGCGUCUUCAAGAUUGCCGAAUAUACCUUCCCUGCGGAAACAACAAUUGUUCUUGGAAUUUCGGAGUCUUAAACAUGCACCGCCUGCUGGAGUUUACGUGAGCAUCACCAAUCCUACAGACCCAACCCAUUGGUCUGGAGUUAUAUUCAUCCGCAAAGGACCCUAUGCUUCGGCGAUCCUCCGUUUCAACAUCAAAUUCCCGCCCACUUAUCCUGAAUUACCACCACUCAUCACAUUCACGACCGACAUAUUCCACCCGCUAAUUGUUCCUUUGACCACAUACACAUUUACCACUGGCUCGUCAAAUGAAGCCCCAGUUAGCGCGACGGACGAGGAGCGCCUGUCUCCUGGAGCGUUCAGCUUACGGCAUGGCUUUCCUCAUUGGUUUGGAAGAGCUCGACGAACUGCAAAUAAUUCCGCGGCUGGGUCUCGCAAUGUCAGUGGAGGUAGCAUACCCCCUGCCACCGUAACGGAUCAAGAGGCAAAUGAGCAGACCCAACCUGAUGCAGGGAGUAGCUCCCCUGCACCAGGUAAUUCAAUUCCACAAGAAGGAGCUGAGCCCACUGCCGAGUCGUCGCUGCAAGAGACGCCAAAAGCUCCAGAGAACAACCCUCACAUCUCCAAAGCCCCUACAGCCAAUCCAUUUGAGAAGAAAGAUGAAACAGUCCAUGUAGUAACAUUGCUAGACUAUAUCCGCUCAACGUUUGAUGACGAGGCUGUACUUGAUUCUCUCCCGCUUGACGCAGCCGGAAAUCCGGGUGCAUGGCAUGCGUGGAAAGCACAUCGUUCGGGCCCAGGUACACCAAAUAAAAGAGGAACUCCGCAAACGCGUCUUCCUGGCGAGUGGAAUUGGGAGGGUGUAUGGGCAAAGCGGGUUCAGAGUGGGAUACAGGCAAGUCAAUCGGAUGCUGCAUUAUUUGCCAGCACUCCUCGAGCGGAAACAGAUUCUAUACGAUUCUUGGAUCUGGACCCUUCAGUCCUAAAUAGCGUCAAAGAAAAGCUGAUUGCGGGAUUGAAAGAGAAAGAAAGCGAAUAG